UUUUUUCUUACUGGUUCAUCAUUCUUUUGCAAAUUUUCACUUUAUAGUUGAAUGAAAGAUAUUAACCAGUUUUCCAUGCUAGCUAAAAUGAGUUUGGUACACCGAAUAACUGCACUUGAGCAGCUUACACGGAGGUUCUAAUGCACUUGCACUAUUUGAAUGCGGUAAAAGAAAAAAAAAAGUCAAUCGGCAUGCACGGUCUGGAUGGUACAAUAUCCUUCAGUGUUGAUCAUGGCAGGGUUGUUGUGACUUGCCAUCUAUGGCAAGAGUUUAAGCAGUCAAUCAUGCGAAUUUUCCAGGGACAUUACCAAAAUAGGUUUAGUGUACUCUAUUUGGAUGAUAAGCAGCUGCAUCAUCAUUUCAUGAGAGAAAAAUAGGUUUUCCCUUGGCGCAAAAAAAAAGAGACAACCAUCACCAAUCAACGGGUCCAGUAGGAAAAAAAAAGCAGUUGUCUCACUUUUCAUCA